AGUAUUUUCAUAAUUAUCAAUCUUAGAUUCUUCUUACUUGCCAAAUAUGCCUAUUUCAAAACUCAUCUUCUUCACCUUUCUUUUUCUUUUAGAUCAUUUCACCAACGCCACAGCUGCAAAGGUUGAUGUGGGAAUCAUUCUUGAUCUGCAGACACCUCUUGGAAAGAUGUACAAAACUUGCAUUCUAUGGCCAUCGAAGAUUUCUACUCCAAAAACACUUACAAAACAAUGAUCGUGCCUUAUUUCAGAGAUUCGAGCAGUGAUCGUCUCUGCAGCUUCUGCAGCUAUUGAUCUGCUAAAAAACACUCAAGUGAUAGCGAUAUUCGGGCCACAAGCAGAUUUGGUGAUAGAUAUUGGUGAUAGUCCCAAUAAUCUCACCAGCAACGAGUCCGUCACUAUCCCCUCAAGAAUCUCCAUACUUCAUCAGAUCUUCAUGGUGCUCUGCUUCUCAAGCCAAAGCAGUUGCUGCAAUCAUCAACCACUUUGAUUGGAGGGACGUUGUCUUAGUUUACGAAGACACCAUUUAUGGGAUUGGACUAUUGCCUUUUCUAACCGAGCGUUUGUUAGAGAGCAAUGCUCUUGUCUCAAACAUGACAGCAAUCUUCGACAAUGACCUGAUUCUUGAAAAACUGUUCGAGCUGAGGAAGAUGCAGACGAGGGUGUUUGUCGUGCACAUGCUCCCACCUGUUGUGUCGCGUUUUUUCAAGAUGGCACGGAGAGCUGGGAUGAUGGGGGAGGGUUAUGCUUGGAUCAUCGCGGACGCGCUCACUAGUUUGCUAGACUCUGUGGAUUCAGAGACUAUUGAGGCCAUGCAAGGCGUGGUUGGCGUGAAGGAAGAGGUUUCGCCAGGAGAAUAUGGAGCUUGAAACAUCAAAACUGAACGUUUUUGGGUUGUGUGCGUAUGACAGCAUAACUGCUCUAGCGGAAUCCGUGGAGCGCGUACGCGCAGAUGCAUCUCCGAGAUUCAAUAAAACGGCCGUUGGUAGAGGUAAUUUGACAGAUUUGGAAGCAAUAGGGGUUUCAAAUAGUGGUCCAAAACUUGCUCCUCUGCUCAGAAACUUCACCUCAAAAAGGGGUUGAGUGGGGAUUUCAUGAUCAAGAAUGGUGAAUUGCAGCCUUCUGUGUUUGAGAUCAUGAACGUGAUAUGGGAUUUUGGAGGGAAAAUCAAGGGAUUUCCAAGAGACUGAAGAAGGGAGGCGAUAGUGGUGAUAUUAAGCAUACGCUCGGGGCCGUGGUGUGGCGAGUGAAGCGGCGGCUGCGAAUGCGAGGAAGCUGAGGGUGGGAGUGCCGAUGAAGUGGCAGCUUGUGAAUGUUUCAAUAGAUAAAGAAACAGGGAAAGUUAAUGCAAGUGGUUUCUGCAUUGAUGUGUUUGAGGAGGCAAAUGAGAUCACUGCCUUAUGCAGUUCAAUUUGAAUACAUGCCUUUAAAAAAUGCUGAUCAAAAUAGCACUAUUUAUAACUAUGACAGCCUCAUUCAACAGCUAGCACUCAAGAAAGUUGAUGCAGUGGUGGCAGAUAUAACGAUGUCAGCCACGCGAGCACAGCAAGUAGACUUCACCAUUCCCUACAUAGAAUCUAGGAUUUCUACCGUUGUCCCAAUAAAGGAAAAAGAGAGUGCUUGGGAUUUCAUGGAGCCUCUCACAAGCAAGCUCUGGCUCGCCAUCGGAGCCACCUUCGUCUUCACCGGCUUUGUUGUAUGGCUCCUCGAGUAUCGCCUGAACGAAGCCGCCUCACAAGCAGAUAGGGAUGAUUUUCUGGUUCGCCUUCUCAACACUAACUUUAUCACAGAGGGAGAAAGUGAAGAGCAGAUUCGUGGUGAUUGUGUGGCUAUUUGUCGUGCUCGUGCUAUCGACGAGCUACACUGCGAACUUGACAUCUUUGCGCAGAGCGACUUCCGCAACAUAACAAUGAAGGGUAAAUCUGUUUAGGGUGAGGGCAGUUUUGGGUUAUACUUUAUCAGACACUUGGAAGCUUAAGGUUUUCACCACCUUUGAACAGUACGUGUGUUUAGGCAGCAACAGAGGUGGAGUUGAUGCAAUUGUUGAUAACUUGCCUUCGAUUAAGCUCUUCCUCAACGACUACUGCCACAGAUAGCAAUUCUGGUUUUGGAUUUGGCUUCCAAAAGGGUUCGCCGCAAGAGCAAUCUUGGAGAUGAAAGAGAAUGGAACAACGGAUCGGAUUUCGAGAAAAUGGUUUGGCGAAGCCGACUCGAGAAGGCUAACUGUCACCAACUUCGGGGGGCUGUUCUUGAUUACAGGCCUAUCUUCAUUAUCAGCUCUACUUUUUUGUACGAUAAUGGCCAUGUUUGGAGCUUUUUUUAACAUGAAUUAUGCUGUAAUGUUGUAUUUGAAAUGUCAUGAAC